AUGGCGACUUCUCUCUCCGUCUCCAGGCUCCUCUCAUCCUCCUCAGCCACCGCCAUCUCCGUUGCCAAGCCGUUACUCUCCCCCACCGCUGCCUUCACCGCGCCAAUCUCCUUCACCCGCUCUCUCGCUCCCAAUCUCUCCCUCAAAUUCCGCAGCCGCCGCUCCAAUUCCACAUCCGCAUCCACCACCAGAUCCUUCGCAACAACCGUCUCCGCCUCCAUUUCCGUCGGAGACAAGCUCCCCGACUCCACUCUCUCCUACCUCGAUCCCGCCACCGGCGAUGUCAAAACCGUCACAGUCUCCUCCCUCACCGCCGGUAAAAAAACCAUCCUGUUCGCCGUCCCCGGCGCCUUCACUCCGACCUGCUCCCAGAAACACGUCCCUGGAUUCGUUUCCAAAGCAGGAGAGCUCAGAUCUAAAGGCAUCGAUGUCAUCGCCUGUAUCUCCGUGAACGACGCGUUCGUGAUGGAAGCGUGGAAGAAAGACCUCGGAAUCAACGAUGAGGUGAUGCUUUUAUCCGACGGAAACGGCGAAUUCACCGGGAAGCUUGGAGUGGAAUUGGAUUUGAGGGAUAAGCCGGUGGGACUCGGGGUUAGGUCAAGGAGAUACGCGAUUCUGGCGGAUGAUGGUGUUGUGAAGGUUCUGAAUCUUGAGGAAGGAGGCGCUUUCACUAACAGUAGUGCUGAGGAUAUGCUUAAAGCUCUUUGA